CUAGACGGCGCGACCACUGGCGUUGCAAUAGGCGAAGCCGCUAAUUGUCUAACCCUGCAUACGUGUUAGUGCGUGAUCGUCAGCCCUACUUCACCGAGCGAAACUUUUCUGUGCGUCCAGAAGCACAUAGCUCACCGAAUCAAUGACCCCGCAGGUGUCUCUCAUGAGGCGACCAAUUACCCCGCGCCACAUCCACACAACUUCACGGAGCUCAGGCCGGUGAGUUGGGGCAGUGCGUAGGCAACCACGCCGCAAAGUACAAUAAGUACAUUGUCUUCGUUUGUGCAGUUGUAACUGUCCGCACCAUUCUUCACAAAAUCGUCAUCGUCUUCUUCUACACCUCGCGACGCGUCCACCCACUGCACAGCACUCCGACAUCACGAUGUUCAGAUCAUUCCCCGCGCUCCCAUUCCCGCCCGCGUCCCUCGUCGCGCUCGCUCCUCUCGAUGCGAUUGCCGCUCGCACCGCAAUAACCGGCACAUCCUCAUACCUCGACUGUCUCCUCCUUGCGCCGGGCCUACACACGCAGCAAUCCGCCUUCCGCGCCAACGACGGCGAGCUCCCCGCGACCGCCGCGCUCACCACCGGCUACGUAUUCCGCGUCGAGAACCAAGCGACGGUGGCGUUCUUCCAGCGCGUGGGUGUACCCGGCCAGCUCGUGAACUGCGCCGUCGCAUCGCCGGGAGCCGGCGGUGCCGGCGUCGGCACCCUCGCGGAAGUCCUCUGGGGCUCCGCGAUCUGCCUGACGGUCGCGGCGACGGUCGGCCUCGUCGCGCUCAAGGACUGGUAUGCCGUCUCGUGCAUCGGCGCGCUGGUCCUUGCCCGCGCGGUGAAUGUCGCCGUUAUCCGGCGGCAGAGUCGCCUGGGCUGGAAAGGCGCGCCUGAGCCGGGUGUGCAUGGCGACCUGCUGGUGCUUGUUUCCCAGGAUCGCUGGAUCCGUAUCUCCGGACUGGUGGACGAUAUAAAGACUGUCACUUCCGGCCAGUGGAUGCGGAAUACCACGGACGUGGAGGGGUUUGCGGUGUCGGCGGCUACCGUGCUGGUCUAUGGCACUGCGGCGGUGAUGGGGGUGGCGUCGGCUACAGGGAGUGCGGUGAUACUGGGACUGCUGCUGGCCGAGGCAGGGUUGUUGGGGUUGAGCAAUGCCGUCGCGAAGAGGGCUGUCAUGUUUGGAAGGGGAAUCAGUACGAUUGGGAGCCCGAAGCCGUACGGGAGAAGGACGGAUCUUGUGAAGGAACUUGUGGCGGAGACUGGCAGGGAAGAUUGGGCUAUUGGCUUGGGGAUGAUGGUACCGAGCGCUGGCCAAGCAAAGGAGAUUCUGCUUUAGACGGACGGAGGUGUUGCAUUUGUCUUCUAAUAGAUCGCGUUGGGAAUGGAAUCAUUGUGCUAGUAGCCUGUAUAUGGCAGAAAUGGGGAGCUGAACUUCUGCAAAUGUGUAUUGCCUAGGUACUCGGCAUAGGGGCCGCCAUCAUUGCUGUAAUAUCCGCACCCAAAGCAUUGUUGCUAGUUGGCGAUGUAUCAUGUAUUCACAGUGUACCAAUCAUCAACACAAAUUACAGCGCG